CUCAAAGUGCUGCUACAGCAGUAUGGGAACCGGCGAGCAAGCUAAGGAUGCUCCAGAUGGUGGUCUACGAGCCUGGAUUGUCGCGACUGGAGGGUGUGCAGCCCAGAUGUGCACUUUCGGCUAUAUCAAUACCUUUGGUACAUACCAGAGCUACUACACACAAUCUCUCACCGGCUCCUCUCCCAGCAGCAUCUCAUGGAUUGGGUCCUCGCAGACGUUCCUAUUGUACUUUCUGGGAAUCAUCAGCGGGCCUCUGUCUGACCGCUUCGGCGUCCGCGCUGCAAUUGUUCCCGGCAGUAUAUUGUUGAUCGCCUCAGUCAUGGCCACGAGCGUCUCCAUAGAGUACUACCAGAUUAUCCUGGCCCAAGGCAUCCUAGGCGGUAUAGGCAAUGGCUUUAUAUUCACUCCAGCCAUGUCCUGUGUAGGCCAGUACUUCACUGCUUCACGCGCAUGGGCAAUGGGCAUCGGAAUCAGUGGCGGUGCCGUCGGCGGUGUCCUAUUCCCAAUUAUGCUACAGAAGCUGAUUCCAAAGGUUGGCUUUGGCUGGGCAGUCCGGGCGAUUGGGUUCCUCUUGCUCGUUGUGGCUGGUUGCAUGUGUACAGCGAUGAAGGAAUUCGCGCCACGCCGUAAAAGGGGCUGGCUGAUUCCUGGAGCUUGGAAGCAAAAGUCGUAUGUGCUUGUCAAUAUGGCCUUCCUGCUGGCCCUGAUGGGGUGCUAUACUCCGCUGUUCUAUGUGGUUGAGUAUGGACUUUCCCACGGCAUGGAUUCUGCGCUGGCCUGGCGUCAGGUCGCGAUUAUCAAUGCGGCUUCGUUCUUCGGUCGUCUUAUCCCGAACUUUCUGGGCGAUAGGCUGGGAAGGAUUAAUAUGUCCAUUGUGUGCUAUACCGCCUGCGCGGUGCUAUGUUUAUGUUGGACUACCGCUACAAGUACUGCUGGGAUCACGGUAUGGAAUGUUGCCUAUGGCUUCUUUUCCGGUGCUAUUUUUUCUCUAUUUGCGCCUGUCGUGGCACAAGUGUGUCCGAAUCUAGGGGACAUUGGGACGUAUAUUGGACAGGGGUCUACAUUGUGCAGCUUCGGGGCCCUUGUGGGAACCCCCGUAAGCGGUGUUUUGAUUCGGAAUUAUGGGUAUUUCGUCGCGUCCCUGUUCAGCGCGCUGACAAUAUUUGCAGGAGCCUGCUGUUUAGGCGCUGCUAGAUUACUGUUUGGAAAGGCUUUGCUCGUGGUAGUUUAGUC